AUGGUGGUUGCCCGAGGUAACAAGAUCGGUACCCUCUACCUAACUUCACACGCGAGUGACACCCUCGCGAUUGCUGCAGGCAAGGAGAGUGCAGAUCUGUGGCACAAUAGGCUGGGACACAUGAGUGAGAAUGGUAUGAAGAUUUUACACUCAGAAGGGAAGCUAACCGGUAUUGAUUCGGUGGAAGUCGGUGUUUGCGAAGACUGUAGCUUCGGGAAGCAGAAGAGAGUUAGUUUUCUGAAGGGUGGAAGACCACCUAAACCUCACAAGCUAGAGGUUGUUCAUACAGAUGUGUAG